AUUUCUAUUUGGGGCAAAGGGAUAACCGGAUGUGACCUGUGGUUCUCGUGACCGAUGAUGAUGGUAAUGGGGAAGUGAAACGAGAGCCAACCAAACACCAACAACAUUGUCAACAUGAGUAACCUCCUCAUGAUCAGUUAAACUGGAGAAUCGCAUGAAUUUAUCUUGUGUGUGUUUGUGAAUGACUGUGUUCUCUUUUCAAUAUGAUGGACAUGAGUUCUGGAGAUGGGCAAGGCAGUCGAUCUCAAAAUCUUUUGAGUUUUGACGAUGACGACGACUUACUACAACAAACCAAUACACGGACUGCUACUGCUGGCAGUGUCAGUGAGAUUACCACUUCAGCGUCGACUGAUUUGAUAACUCCUGCUCCUAUAGUAGCAGGCAGCAACGGCACCCGGCCACCUCUACUUGAAUCUUCAUCACAUUCUCUGAGUGACAGCUACCAACAGGGUUCAGACGUUCAUGUGACAUUUGCUCCUCAGCCAAAUAAUUAUAGUAACCACAGUAGUAGUAGUAGGUCAGACAGGGAACAUCAGGGCAGACCCCCAAGGUCCCCAACGAGAGGGAGUGGUCAUGGUAUUAAAGAAAAUUCUCCUCUCUUGGGCCCAAAGAGUGAUUUUGAAUCAUCAGACACUUGGAAUUCAUUUCCAGAAGACCCUCAGUUCAAUGAAAUAGUUUUAGCAGCCGAACUUGCCAUUGAAGAAGGUGUCUUUCCUGAAAGAAUUUUCCAGGGUUCAAGUGGAAGCUACUUCGUGAAAAAUACAGAAGGGGUAAGUUUUCAACAGUUGAUCGUUGGGUAAGACUGUACUUUACCG